UUACGCGCAGGUUGCAAAGGUCUUUUCUGAGACCUGACGUUAUUAAAAGGCAGUCGUAAACCCUUUAACAUUAAAAGAUGUUGUAGGUACUUCAGUAGUCCGUCCUCUCCGUCUUAUGAUCUGGAGGCGGGGCGGCGCACCGUCAGUUUAAUGUUGUCAGCACGUGGAUAGUUGAGUCCCGGGCGGGCAGGGCGCGCGGCGUUUCGCUCGGGCGGAGAAAGCGCGAGGAUGCUGAGAGGGACGCCCGUGAAAGGACGAGCAGGUCUUGCGGAUUUAAAAGACGGCGUCCGAGGGUGAUGGUCGCUACAAAGUCAUCCCGGGAUGGGUCUCUCUUUACCAAGCCAUUUCAUAGCCAAAUGAUUCGUAAAUGCGCGUAACAGAACGGGAUUAAAACGGUAAGAAGACACGGCAAAGAAACUGCUGCUGCUGUUAACAAAGUGAAAUAUUAUACAUCGCAGCUCGAGGGAUUGAUUGAAGACUUUUCAAAAUCAAUAUGGAUAACUUAAGCUUUUCAAACCAAGACAGCUACACUGACACUGGUAAUGUAUCCACUGGGAAUACUACAAGUCAGUAUUCACCAGCCACCAUUAUAGGGCUUGGAGGGCUGGUGGGCUUUCUCAUCUUGUUUACCAUAGUGGGAAAUGUACUGGUUGUGAUCGCCGUUUUGACAAGCAGAGCUCUCAAGCCACCACAAAAUCUGUUUCUUGUGUCUCUGGCCAGUGCGGACAUUCUGGUGGCCACGCUGAUAAUGCUCUCCCUGGCUAAUGAAUUAAUGGGUUACUGGUUUUUUGGAAAAGUUUGGUGUGAUAUCUAUUUGGCGCUAGAUGUUCUUUUCUGCACAUCGUCUAUUGUUCACCUGUGUGCCAUAAGUCUGGACAGGUACUGGUCUGUGACACAAGCCGUUGAGUAUAACCUCAAGCGGACGCCUCGCAGGGUGAAGGGCAUGAUUGUGGUUGUCUGGUUGAUCGCAGCCGUCAUCUCCUUCCCCCCGCUCAUCUCCAUGGAUCGGAAUAAAGAGGGUGAUAGCAGCGAACCGCAAUGCCAGCUGAACGACCUCACGUGGUACAUUCUCUACUCCAGCAUCGGGUCGUUCUUCGCCCCGUGCGUCAUCAUGAUCCUCGUUUACAUCCGAAUCUACCAGGUGGCUAAGACCAGAACCAGGACCAUGUCUGAAAAGCGUCGGGAUACGGAGGCAGAGUCAGGAACGCCUCGGUUGGAGAACGGCCUGAGCCGGGAGGAUUCGAGGCGUGAAAACGGGCACUGCGCCUCGUCGCCACCCGGUGAACACAAACCGGGCGAGGACGACCCAGAUGCUGACCUGGAAGACAGCAGCUCAUCUGACGAGAAGGCCAAGCGAGGGAAGAACGAGACGGCGCCCCGAAAAGACAGGCGUUUUAGCCGCAAGAACAGCUCUUGUUCCAAGCAUUCCAGUCGGAAGUCCCGUGCCAGCAGCAAGUCCCUCGACUUGUUCUCUUCUCGCAGAAAAAGAAGGAACACCAUUUCCAGGAAAAAGAUCUCACAGGCGAGAGAGAAACGAUUCACCUUUGUGCUGGCCGUUGUGAUGGGCGUCUUUGUGGUCUGCUGGUUUCCGUUUUUCUUCAGCUAUAGUCUGUAUGGGAUCUGCCGGGAACCCUGUGCCAUCCCCGAAACCCUUUUUAAAUUUUUCUUCUGGAUCGGUUACUGCAACAGCUCCCUCAACCCUGUAAUCUACACCAUCUUCAACCAGGACUUCCGACGGGCUUUUCAGAAAAUCCUGUGCAAGUCCUGGAAAAGGUCUUUUUAGAGCACAAUGGCAGCUUGUCGCAACAUCCGGUGCCAUGUAUAGGUGGUUGGCAUGACAGAAAGGCUUUUGGGUGUUUACGAGGAAAGGACUGUUUUUUAUUUUUUAGAAAUACCACUGCCUCUGUAUCAUUGCAUUGACAAUCUUUACACACCAAUGACAGUGAUAUUUGUUGUGUGAUAAUGCUUUUUUGAGGACAGCAAAUGAUGGUCACAUGGGUGGUACCCAAACCUAAAGAUGCUUUAAAAAGACCCACCUGAACUUGGUAGCACUGCACUGCAUUAGAGGAAACAAGCUUAUCUUUAUGAUGGCUGCAGGCACUCCCAAGAUAUCAUGAUACAUUUUUAUGAUGACUUUGCACAUAUGGCUUGUCUCAUUGUGACGGGAGAGCUAUGUAACAUGAAAGCUGUGUCCUUUUUCAUGGUGACAAAGAGAAGAAAAAGAAAAGGUGAUUUAGCAGAAAAUGCACUGGGUCUUUCCAGCUGAGCGAGGCGCAACGGACACUCUUGGUUUGGUAGGGCUUUACCCCCUUAGAAGGUUGUCAGCAAAUGACAGAUGAAAGCAGAGCGUUGCCCUGAUGUGGUUGGGUACUGCGUAGCUCUUCUCGGGGGUGCAAAUUUCUGUCGGAGUAGAGCUGUGUUAAAAACUGUUCUUAAUUGUCCUUCAGUGAAAUUUAUCACUGUACUGCUGCUCUCUUACACAUUAAAAAUGCCAUAAAAAGAUACAAAAUAAGAGCUAUUUACUGGAUUAAACUAUUUAUUAGAUUAGAAGUCAUUUUCAAGGAUGAUAAAUGAUGAUUUAUUUAUAUACAGUACAGGAUUUAUUUAUCAGAUUCUAAAAACGAAAUAAGCUUGUGGCUAUGCUUGUAUAAUGCCUCCGAUUUGUUCAAAAGAUCUUAGCGAUAAAAUCCAGUAUGAUAUAGGAAGCUGUUGUAUAUUUAUAAGGGCAAACCAUUUUACUCAACAUUGUUUGUUUUUGUAUAUUAUGAAACAUCUCCCUUGAUGGAUGUUGGGCUUCUCUCAUUUUCUAUUCCAUUGUGAUAUCUUUAAAUGACUGGCAGGUCACUACAAGCACAGCUGAUGAUCGAACAAAACUGAACAAAUAAAUGGAUUGUAAUUCUCUCUGA